CUUUUUUUUUUUUUUGGCCAUUAUACAAUUUAUUCAUCUUUCCUUUUCAAUAUCAUCGACCACCCUUUCCUUUCACUCAAUACAACCUUUUUGCCUUUGUUUUUGUCAUUUUAUAUAUACAUUCUUUCUUUAAUUCAAGAACAACAACAAUAAUGGCGAUCAGUGGUGACUCAACCUCAACACGAAAGACGGGACAAGUCAAAUUUUUCAACUCUACUAAAGGCUAUGGUUUUAUCCUUCCGAACGAUUCCUCGGCUAACCUGAAGGAUCCAAAUACAAUGGAAGAAGUAUUUGUUCAUCAUACUGCGAUCCAAAACAACGGUGGUUUCAAGAGUCUACGCGAAGGUGAAGAGGUAAAUUUAUCAAACAAAAAAUUGGAGGAAAAGAUGAAUAUACAGGAGAAAGAACGAGACAAUUAGACGUCAUGAUGUUGUCUUGCUCAUAUAUAUUUUUUAUUGAUUUACUUUUCCGAGGAACAUUCAGGUUGAAUAUGAUUUAAUUCAAGGUCCAAAAGGAAUGCAAGCUGCUUAUGUUACAGGAUUAGGAGGCGCUCCUAUUAAGGGCGAUCAUUCAAGGAAAGUGUACGUUAUUUAUUUUUUUAUUAUUUCCAACUAUUGUCAUCGAUUGCAUUCAUACUUUUUUUUUUUU